GUGUAAUGAGAGGAGUGUUGUGACGAGGACAUCCCCAGCAACUGUAAUCCACUGUAAUGGAUAUUCCAGUGACGCAGUUGCCUCCUGGAGAUCCUAGGCUGGUAGAAGCAAUAGUGGGACAGCUAAAAUCAAAAGGAAUAUUCGAUCAGUUCCGAAAAGAGUGUCUGGCAGAUGUUGAUACAAAGCCAGCCUUCCAGAACCUUCGCCAGCGUGUGGAAGGUCACGUAAACAAAUUCCUAGAGAAAAGAACUUGGAAAAAUGAUAUGAACAAGAAUCAGUUGCGAGAUGGUGUACGCAAGCAUGUCAACAACUUGGGUAUCCUGGACUCAGGCAUAGAUGCCAUUAUUACACAAGUGGUCAAUCCCAAAAUCAAGCCAUUAAUCCUACCCUAUGUUGAGGACACAGUUUAUACCUUUCUACAAAUUGACAAGCCCAAGAGAGAAAGACAAGGUUCACACUUUGAGUUGCAAGAUGAAAGUAUUCAUUUACAAUUUACUAGUGCGGCAGAGAUCAAACCCAGCCUCCUGCCUAUGGAAACUGAUGUCAUCUCAUCAGAAGAGGACGAUAUUUUAGCUCGGGAAUCCCCAGAGAGUGAUCACAAAUCCACUCCGAGUCCGGAAGAUGAACUAAAGCUUGAAGAUGAAGAUGCCCAAGAUGGUUUUGAGUCUUAUAUUCCAUAUGAUGAGCCUGACAAUGCCCCGGACUUUGUCACAGCUCAUGUGGAGAGGCUUCGCAUUACAGACGACAAGGAGGAUGUCAAACCUGUACCAACAGCUAAGCCUCCACUUGCCCUGUUUGAUGACCAGUCACUUGACAGUAUAUCAUCCAAUUCCUCUGGUCUUACAUUUUCAACACUGUCAGGAAAGGGUUCUCCUGGAAGUAGAAAAUCAGCAGAUAACAUGGAUAAGUCAGAGGAGAGCCCUAAGAUGCAACAAGAUGUGAGGUCCACAACAUCAACUCCACUGGUUGAUGAGAAACCUAUUGAUGAUGAAGUGUGCCAGUCACCAAUGGAUUCUGAAACAAUCAAAGAGUUUCAGACCUCAGAAACUAAGUUUUUGGAUCCUCAAUCACACAGUUUUGGCAUCUCUACCACAGCUAAGACACCUUCACAGUCUAGUGUUGGGGCUGAUAAAGAUGAUGAGACUGUUGUGUCUGGUGCAAGCUUAAUAAGUCAAGAUGAUGACUCACUGGAGAGUAGAGGUUCUCUCUCAAAAGUCAGUAUUGCUUCAGAGAAAUCUGAAGUGGAAGAGAAGGUUAAAUCUGAAAAAUCAGAGGGGGAGAUAUCCUCUUCAAGUUCUGAAUUUAGUGAUAAUGAUAAUAGAGGAAGACAAGAAGAGCGUGUACGUAGUGAAGAUAAACAUCAUUCUGACACUUCACACAAGUCAAGCAAAUCUAAGAGCGAUCACAAGAGUAAACGAGACUCACACAGCCGUGAACGCGAUAAGGAAAGAGAAAAAGAUAAAGAUUCACGACAUAGUAAAGAUAAAGAAAGAAAGCACUCAAAGUCCCGUGAUGACCACCAUUCUCAUCGUGACAAGGAUAAGAAACACCACCGAAGGGACAAAGAUCAUGAUGGUGACAAGGACCGCUCUCGUAGUCAUCAUUACCAGUCAUCUUCAAGUUCCAACAGGGAAAGUUCAAGUUCAAGCAAGAGUUCAGGUGACAAGGAAAAGGACCGUUCAAGUCACCAGUCGAGUGAUAAAUCAGCAGAAGGAAAAAGUAGAGGUGGUGAUAAUGUAAAUGAAAAAGCAGAGAACAAACCCACCAACUCACUGGAGAGCAAAUCAGAUGUAAGUGAAAAUGAAAGCACUGAUGGUAAACCUGUCGAUACGUUAGAAGGUACAUCAGAAGACAUCACUCCUGAGACAGAUGGGAAUAAGUCUUCCAACAAAAUGGAGAACAAAAGUGAAAAACAUGAAGUUAAAUCCAACAACAAAUCUGAGAGCAAGAAUGACAAAAUUGAGAAUAAAUCCAGUAGCAAGUCAGAAAACAAGACUGAGAAAUCUGAAAGUAAAUCUGGCAACAAAGGUGACAGUAAAUCUAGCAGCAAAUCUGACAGCAAUAAAAGUGAAAAAUCUGAAGGUAAAUCUAGUAGUAAAUCAGGAAGCAAAAGUAGCAGUAAACUGAAUGGCAUUGCAAGUGAAAAAUCCGUAAACAAUAUCAACGGGAAACUGGAUAGCAAGUCUAGUAGUAAGUCUGAAGGUAAAUCGGACAGCAAGGUGCAUUCAGAAAAAACGGACAAGAAACACGGGGGACACUCGAGCAGGCAUUCGUCUAAAAGCAAGAAGCACGAGGGUGAGAAGAGCCGCUCAGAAAAGCACAGGAGCAGCAGUAAAGAAGAUCGGAAGAGGAAAGAAAAGCGAGACAAGGAAGGGACGGAUAGCAAACACUUAAAGGAGGAGAAAGAUGGAAAGCGUGAUAAGGCGGAGAAAGAUAACAAACAUGAAAAGGAAGAGAAAGUUGGCAAGCUUGACAAGGAAGAGAAAGAUAUCAAACAUGACAAGGAAGAGAAAGAUAUCAAACAUGACAAGGAAGUGAAAGACGCCAAGCACGACAAGGAAGAGAAAGACGCUAAGCACGACAAGGAAGAGAAAGAUAGCAAGCUUGACAAGGAAGAGAAAGAUAUCAAACAUGACAAGGAAGAGAAAGACGCCAAGCACGACAAGGAAGAGAAAAACGCCAAGCAUGACAAGGAAGAGAAAGAUAGCAAGCGUGACAAGGAGGUGAAAGAUAGCAAGCGUGAUAAAAGGGAGACGGAGGUAAAAGAAGGUAAACGUAGCAAAGAUGGUAAAGAUAACAAACACAGUAAAUCCAUUAAGGACAGUAAAUCUUUAAAGGAGGAGAAAGAGACUAAGGUUGAUAAGGAUGAAAAACAUGCCAUUAAAAAACAGAAAGGUUCUUCAAAACAAGAUGAAAAAGAAAAUAAGAAUAAAAACUUAAUAAAGAAUAAACCCAAGGAAGAUCAGACAAAAAAUAAUCAUGAAGAUAAAGAUUUGAAGAAGGAAAAAACUAUUGAGAACAAAAAGGAGAAAAAUAACAAAAGGAAAUGUAUUGACAACGAUGAAAAUGUUGAUCUACAGGGCUUAAAGUUCAGUGAUGACUCCUUAGUACUGGUGAAUGAUGAUGGAAACUUAUUGCUUUUUAGUUAUGAGGAUAGCGAUGAUAACCAUAAUGAUUCACCUGAGUAUCAACCUUCGAGCCCUAAAAAGCCUAAGCAUAAACCUCAAGCUAAGCAGUUAAAAACUUCUUGUCUUGAUACCAUUGAGGCCAAACAGAACAAAUCUGUAAAGAUGCUUGGGAACAAUAACAGAAAGACGACAGUUGGUAAUGACUUUGAAGGUUUUGAUGACUUGACAUUGGAUACAAGACUUGCUGAUUAUCUUCAAACAGUAAAAAGAGUCCCAGAUGAAAUGGAUAUGGAAUACAGUGAAUGGUUUGAUGACGAAGAUUUGCACAUAGUAAUUUACAAGGGUGAUAUUGACGAUAAAAUUGUUACAAGCACUUUCCUGUCGUGCUUGCAGAAACUUGGAGCCGUAGUAAAAAAUGCCAAUGGAGAAAUUGAAGAAAAGGGUAAGUUUGACAAAGUGGAGGAAUUGAUAAAAUCUCCAGACAAAUCACAGAAAAAGAUCAAUGCACAAAUACAAGGAAAACGGCGCAGAAUAUCUACCUCCAGCUCUACCUCCUCCAGCAACAGUUCUUCAGGGUCUCCUCAACACAAACGUGCCAAAAGAGACCAUUUGACAAGAGGCGACACCAAUCAGUUAGUUGAACAAGACCCUGUCAUCGUGAGUGGGUUUGCUCUUCUCACACCAGAGGAUGACGGCAACAGAACCUCAAGUAGAGAUUAUGAAGUGGAUUACAGUCAGAGAAUUAGCACAUAUAGCCCACUCUCCCCAGCAAGUGACUCUUCAGCAGAGGAUGGGAAAGCCAAAACUGGAGAAGUACCAGUUGACUCCAAUCCUGCUGUUGUCAAGUCAGUAGCUGUAGCUGCUGAUGACGAGAAUGUUAAUAACUCUGCUGAGAUUUUCAAACCUACUUCAACGUGGCCCUCUGAAGAGAGUAAUUUAUCGGUGUAAGGUGUACCCUGUAACCAAUGCAUAUCGGGACCGGGAAAAUUCAUUGGUUAGUGAAUCAACUGUUAACAAAGCAAUUAAUCCCUUAAGAACAUAACAAACUCUGGGGUUUAGAGACCGGCCACCCUCCAAAAAACUGCCAUCUACCCUAGAUAUGUCUUUGUCGUGCACACUGUCAAGCAAGAAAAUUAAGCAGACAUAUAAAGCAAGCAUAUUAAGCCUUAAAUAAGCAAUGUAAAGCAUAAAUUGAGACUUGUUAUCCUGUAUUAAGGAUGGUAGACAGAGUCUAGGGUGGCAAGUUCAAGUCUCUGCCAAUCUUUGCUGGUCCAUCCCCACUCUUAUCACAUCACAUCAAGCUGCCCCUCCAGCACAAGAGGAACUAUCACUGGGGUGUUUAGGUAUGAUUGCAUAACACACGAAGUUGGAAAUAAUGAAAAAACACGAAGUUAGAGUCAAAUGGUAAGUGUAAACAAGAGCAAAGAUGGCAGGAAUGAGUCAGAGGCAGAGCUCUCUCGUGGCAAGAAUUCGCAUCACGCAACUGCCUGCCAAAUUUUAAAACAGCUCUGCCGCUCCUCUCCUGAUCGGCGAAACUUGUGGGAUAUUUCCCCGAUAUAUAAUUGUUCGUUAUGCGAAUCGGCGGUUAUUGGGGCGUCGAUUUUCAGGGUAUACCUGUAGUUGUGUAUCAUUGUUAUUCAAUAUCUUUAUAAGUUUGGUUUAGCCUCCAUCAGGUUAUAGAUUGAAGAAGUACCAUGAAAUUUUUCAUCUGGUUAUCUUCAUUCACUUUUAUGUGCUGAUUCAAACUGAAUUUUGUUGUUUGUGGUUAUUUUUUUUCUAUUAAAAUAUGUUUGGUUUCACAUUACAGUAUUGUAGUUUACCUUAUUGUGGCAGUUUUGGAGUAGAGAACCAGUUAAGUUUAUUUAUCAGUGUGGGUGAUCAAAGCGCAGUAUAGUACUGCACAGUAUUUCUAUCAUAGAUUAAAAAUAUCGGUAAUGCCAUUUUAUGCAUUUCAAUGUUACCAUGGAGGUUGGUGCAGUGGCAUCUUCCCUUGAGAUUUAUGGAUUUUGUUAGUAUUAUCAUAUAAUGGGUGUAAAAUAUUUGGUAAAUAUCUUGCAAGUAAAAUUUUGAGUCCGUUCACUAAAUCUUAUUAUGUGGCAUGAUAAGUUUAACUAUCAUGCUGUAUUGAGCUUCAUCAGUUGUUGUUUAAUAACAUACUGUUGUUGGGUCUUUGUUUACACUUUCCUAAGGUACAGUACUUUAGAGCCAGUGCUCUCUGUAGAGUGUCGGUUAGUGACCCUGGUGGUAAUUCCCCUUACAAGACACUUAAAAUAGCUUGGAUUUACUGAAGGUAAAAAUUAAAUACUUUACUUACUAACAAUUUGAUUCAAACAUACACACACACACAGACACACACACACACACACACACACACACACACACACACUCACGCAAACAUGCACAAACGCCCACACAAAUAAAACUCUUUAAAUUGAAAUUACCCAAUAGUGUAGGUAGAAAAUUAUCUGAUGCAUACAGAAAAGCUUUAGUUUUAGGUAAAUAGAUUCCUAUUUUCUAAUAGGGACUGAAUUAACAGGUUUCAUGGGUCCUCUGGCAGUCUCUUACCACUUUUUAAGAUAUUCCCUUGCAUAUUAGUUUAAUAUCAAAUGUGAUGGUUGACAGCUGCAAAACUGAUUUGGAAUAACAUUUUGGGUUCUGGGACAUAAUGUUGAAACUGGAUACUCAAAAUUUUAGUGAUUAGAAUCUCUUUAAAACUUGAUCUCUGGCUCAGAUAUAUUGAUUUUAGCUCGAGUCGGAAUGAACGGAACGUUUCUUUUAUUUCAUUUUGCCUCUCCCUUUGCCUUUCUUAUCCUUAAACAACAACUUCUUGUAUAGUUGCAUUGUGUUCUAUGUAGUGAAUGAUGUUGAUGAAACAUCGUCCCAAGUAGCAUUUACUUUAUGAGUGGCAUAUAAUGACAUUCAUUUUUACUCUAAUUGUCAGGUAAAAAAAGAAUCCUUUUAUUGGAAAACUUACCGGUAGUCAUUCAUUUAUGUUAAGUUUUUGUUGUGACUGAUGUGGACUUUAAUAGUGCAGGUUGAAAUAAUUAGCUGAGUCCCGAAUAUAUUAUUAUGUAUAGACAAAAAGAUGAUGCAUCCAUUUUUAUCCUUGGAAGAAUGAGUGUUAUACAAGAGGCUCGAGAUCAGAUAGAAGUACCCGACAGAGCUGAUGUAACAAUAUACCUAAAUAUAUAGUAUUUAUAAGUGUGAUGUAAGCUAAAUGUCCACCAGGAAGCAUAACACCACACAAAAUUGGACAUGACAGAAUUUUAUGACCAUUCUUUGGUCUCAAUCAGUUAUUAUCUUGUAAGGUUGUAUAUUUUAUUAUAUCUCUUGUCUUUAUCCUUUAGGCUGUAGUGUAGGGUGGCCAUUGAAGAACCUUUCCAGAAUUCAUGAUCUCUUUACAUUUCUGUAGAUUCCUUCAUGUAUACAUGGUUCUUCCUCCCACAUGUAUAGUACUCCAUUCCUCUGUCUUUCCACCUCAUUGUUGGUCUUCCGUAGUUUCUACCCACACUUAAUUGACUGUUACACUGGUUUAGUAAUUUUUCUUUACCUCCAUUAUACAUGUCCAAACUACAUCAAUACUGUACUUCAUCUACCACAGGUUUUCAUAUAAUAGCUUGGUAAAACUGACAUCCAAAUAAUUCGUUAUUACUUGACCAUUGUAAAUGUAGGUUAUUGAUAAAGCAACUAUUGUUGAACUUUUAAUUUCCAUCUCACACACACACACACUGAUGAAUGUUAUAUAGCAGCAUCAGUCAUGUAAAUGAACAAACAAAUGUAACACUAUCACACCAGGAAAUUUGAACAUAGAUUUUUAUUUAAUUUUUUAAUAAUGGGAAAAAUAAUCUUCCAAUCUUUUUCAGGUGAUCUUGUUAAGGGCUGAUUAAUUUGUUGUCAACAUUAAAUUUAUAACCUUAAAAUGGUUUGUGCUCUUCAAGGAGUAGUACUGAAAUUUUUCUUGUACAGUAAUUUAAUAUAUCAUAGGUAACAAUAUACAUCCUUGUAUCAAGAAGUAUAUGUCAGUUUUCAUGAGUUAUAAUGUUCUCAGUUGCUCUUUUCUUCUGUUUAUGCUAUUAACACCGUAUGUCAAAAGUUCAUUUUUAUUGUAGAAUGUAAAAAGUGCUGUUUAUUUUUUUCCUGUAAUUUUUCUCUAUGCUUUAGUCAGUGUGAGGAUGUGGUAAAAAUGUGUAAUGUGUGUGCUGUAUGUUGUGCUGCUUUGACUACUUUUGUAGUAUCAGAUAUCUCAAGAUUUAUAUGAGAGACUUGUAUAGAUUUACAGAGUUGUCAGUGGGAUAGAUGAGAAAUUGAGGACAUUUUAUAUACCUAUUGCAAAUUUAUAUUAGAUGAAUUACUGGAAAAAAAAAAUAGCCAUUUUUCUUUUUUUCAGGGUAGAAUGUAAGUGGUAUAUGUUUGAUCAUAAAAAAAUGUAAGAUAGGAUCCUGUUGGUAAAGAAAUUUUACCAAAAAGUAAAUAAAACCUUGAA